UCUCUCUUCCCUCAGGACCUUCGGGACUCCCACCAGCACCAUGUUCCCCCGCUGUGCUGUCCUGCUCCUGCUCUGCCUCUCCACAGGCCUGGCUGCCACCCUCAUCGGCUCAGCUUCGGCUGAAGAGGCGCCAACUGUGGACCCUAUGGGUUCUGACUCUCUAGCCAGCGACGCGCUAAAUAUGGACCGUGUCGUGGACCCUGUAGGGGCUAACACGGUGCAGGCUGACUCCCCUGUGGAACAAGGCCAGGCUCAGGCUGAAACCAGCCAGGACCCAGAGGAGGAGUCUGACUGGGGCUUCGGCUCCAUCCGGGACAGCUUCCAGGCCGUCAACGGCUACUUUGACUCAGUGGUGGAGCUGAUGGGGGGCCGCAACGGUGUGUGCCAGUACCGCUGUAGAUUCGGUAAAGCUCCUCAGGCCCGCCCAGGCUACCAGAUUCCUGAACCCAAUGGCUGCACAUCCUCCCUGCUUGGUUUCCAGGUACCGGAAAGUUUUGACAUGGGCAUCCCGGCCAUGACCAAGUGCUGUAACCAGCUGGACAUGUGUUACGACACCUGCGGCGCCAACAAGUACCGCUGCGACACCAAGUUCCGCUGGUGCCUCCAUGGCAUCUGCAGUGACCUCAAGAAGAGCCUGGGCUUCAUGUCAAAGGUGGAAGCUUGUGAGACGUUUGCGGACACCAUGUACAACACGGUAUGGACUCUGGGCUGCAGACCCUUUAUGAACAGCCAGAGGGCAGCGUGUAUCUGUGAGGGAGAGGAGAAGGACGAACUCUAAGGAACCUGAGCUCUUCCUGCAAACCAUAAUGACACACCACCGCAAAACACCUGCAGACGGAUCCAGCCGAGGCUCGGUGGGCUCCAAAGAGAGCCCUGAGAGUUUCUGAACUGGCGCUACAAACUUAUUUUGGGCAGAUAAGAACAAAGUGCUCAAACCACAGAGUUCUAGACUUUCCUCUUUAUUGUUAUAUAUGUAGCUACAGAUUUACUUGCAGGGUAAUAUAGCAUCGUUGUCCAAAGACAAACAAGUAUCUCCAAAAUGGUAACUUUACAGAAGAAGCCACCUUCUUUGCAAGUUAAUGAAAAUGAUUCCACACAAUUCUGGAGCAUUUCUCCACACAAUAUAAAUGAGAGCUACUGAACUUAGAAAAACAUAAAAAUAGCAGAUUUCUUUGGACUGUGAUGAUAAAUAGGUUAUAGUUUUGUGUGCUUAUAUAUAGUACACCCUUAGGGCUAGUGUUUUAAAAUGGGUGUGUUUAAGCUACAAGAAGUCACCCAGUGGAAAAGCUAGUCAGUGUACAGUUUUAGUAUUCCACCUAUUAAAAGAUUUUAUUCUCAACCAGAAACAUUGUCCCCCAAAAGAUCAACUUUCUUAGAAUAGAAUAACUCUGACAGAAGCCGAAUAGCAAAAGACAAGCUAGACAAAUUUGUAUUCCUUGGCUGAAAGUCAAAAUUAUGCCUAACCUUUUUCACUGUCAGUGUGUACAGUCUGACUGUAUGCAAUAUAUUUGUAAUUUAUUAAAAUGUAACACUGUACUCCCAA